AUGCCUGUUCCAGGAACCUAUGCACCGUCUGCCUCAAAAGUCGCGCAGGGCUUCCUGAAUGAAAAUGUGGUACUGACCAGAAGGCAACAGCAUCCAACGUCCCCGUUCCAUCAUGCCACUUUCAGCGCUGUCCUCGUCAUCCGCGACCGUGCACUGGAAGGACUAUACACGGUCAACAUCGGAUAUACGGAAAUCGAUGGAAAUCUCAUGCGAGAAUCAGCGCGAAAACGUGAGAUUUCCAUCGCUAGAAAAUCCACGAUACGUCCCAUUCUCUACGGAAAUUUUAUGUUCGUGGCUCGUCCACGUUUCAGGUCGAUACAACCUUUCAACACCCACAAAAUAAGCAGAUUCCACCGCGCCAUCCUCUGCACUGCCAAUGACGAUACGCCGGACCAACCGAUGGUCCACAUCCUGUUCAGGGACCCUAUCAACAUCCACUUCCCAAAGUACCAUGGCGCCACGACCGAAAUCAUCCCAUACACAGAUUUCUGGCGGUGCGAUGACCAUGCGAAGAUCGUUGAGCGCAUGUCGCUCCAGGAAUCUUGCACAUUCGCGAUGGCGUUCAACUCGGAAUACAAGGACUCGCAGGCCUGCAUGUCUGAGAAGACGCUUCACCAACACCAGCACGUCUACUCCUGGGUUGUAGAAGAGAGGCCACGGCGCCAGGCAUGGAAGAGUUGGUUAAGGUGGCUCCGACGUUCAGACAGAGCACGGUCAGGGGAAGGGCAUCCAGCACAUGAUGUAGAGGUAGUACCAGGAUCUCGAUCACUGUCGUGCACUGUCGUUGCGUUCAAGCCGGACUUGGAGGACAAGUUUUUCACCGAUGGCAAGAAGUCAUUCUUUGAAUCCAGUUUGAAGCACCUCUCCUCACAGCUCGGCGAUAUACUACGCAGCUGCGGGGGCGCCGGGCUUGUUGCAAAGAAUCUAGAAUCUCGAUCGAGCGUUGUUCGAGGUUGA